AUGGCACCGCCGUCGCCCAACUUAGACUCCCAAGGGCUCUUACCCACCGAGGUCCGACGAACCGAGUCACGCUCCCCAGCCCGUCCGGCCACCACCUCCCUCCCACGCUGUCCACGCGGCGAAUUCAGCUCGCGCUACGACGACUGGUACAUCCUCGACAGCUUCCCCGAGUUCGAUGUCUGCCCCAGCUGCCUGGACCAAAUCAUCGACCGCACCAUGCCCGAACUCUGCCGCUACUUCAAGCGCGCGCCGCGCCGCCCCUCCGGCACCGCGACGCGCUGCGACUUCAACAACCCGUGGGUCCGCCUUGCGUGGCUGCUGACGCUGCAGAACAGCCGACCAAAGAUCGACCUCCUCGACGACGUUGCGCAUAUCUACGCGAGCGGGGAGCGCUGUCCGGGCGAGUCGGAGGUUUCUGGAUCGUGGUACGGCCUGCUGGAUGGGGAUCGGCUGAUCGGGGACUUCGCCGUCUGUCCGGUCGACCGCAAGGUGCUGGAGACACUGUUCCCUUCGCUCAAAGGGCAAUUCACCCGCCUUUCGACGAGCGAUCCGCGCCGUCGUCGAUGCGCCACUCGUGUCGGCAGCCGGUGGUACGCGGCGCUGCUUGAUGCCUUCGUCGAAAUGGACAGCAAAGCGGGAAGCCGCAGCGGAAAAGUGGAUCUGAAGCCGCUCCUCGAGCUCCUCCGCACCACCUCUGCCAGCAGCACCAGUUCCUCCUCCGCCUCCUCCUCUACCAACCACCCCCCGCAAACCCCCGACCCCUCCCCCAAAUGCGCCCGCGACACCCUCGUCCUUAAUCGCCACUGGCACAUCAUCCCCUCCCUCCCCGAACUCACCGUCUGCCCCACCUGCUACGCCGACGUCAUCCGCCCCGCCCUGCACUCCGGCUCCCGCCUCGCGUCCUCCUUCACCCGCACGCCCCUCCUCCUCCCCGACCCCUCCCUCUCCAGCUCCGUCUUCUUCCGCCCGCCGUCCUCUACCCAGGGCGCCUCGUGCCAGCUGUACUCUCCGCGCAUGCGCCGCGUGUGGGCGAAGGCGGUGGCCGGGGGGGAUGAUUUUGAGUACCUGGCGCGGCGAGCGAGAGAGAGGAGGAAGGUGGAGGCAGCGGUGCAGGGGCAGCAUGCGUCGUUGGUGAGGUUGAUGGAGCAAAGGGGGAGGGAGGCGGUGAGUCCGAGAUUGGCGGAGGAGCGGUUUGAGAGGGAGUGGAAGGAGGUUUUGAGGGAGUGGAAGGAGUGGGAGUGA